UACAUCUCCCAUCAUGUUUAUGUCAAGGUCAGAGUAUGACCGCGGAGUCAAUACCUUCUCCCCGGAGGGUCGUCUCUUCCAGGUCGAGUACGCCAUUGAGGCUAUCAAGCUCGGAUCCACUACCGUGGGCAUCAGGACAGAUGAAGGAGUCGUCAUCGGUGUGGAGAAGCGAGUCCAAUCGUCGCUGCUGGAGUCCGAUUCCAUCGAGAAGAUCAUGGAGAUCGACUCUCACAUUGGAUGUGCAAUGAGUGGACUCGUAGCCGACGCCAGGACGAUGAUCGAGCAUGCUAGGGUCACAGCGCAGAACCAUGCUUUCACAUACGACGAGGACAUUCAAGUCUCAAGUGUGACACAAGCUGUGUGUGACCUGGCGCUGAGGUUCGGAGAGAGUAUCUCGGGAGAGGAGGCAAUGAUGUCACGACCUUUCGGUGUUGCGCUGCUGAUUGCAGGCUACGAUGACAAAAAGGGACCACAGCUGUACCAUGCUGACCCAUCGGGAACAUCGAUUCAAUACAAGGCAAAGGCAAUUGGAAGUGGUCAGGAGGGAGCUCAAGGAGAAUUGCAGGACAAGUACAAGGACAAUAUGACAUUGCAAGAAGCUUCCAUUCUCACCCUGAACGUGCUCAAGCAAGUGAUGGAGGAGAAGCUGGACGAGAAGAAUGUGCAACUAGCCGUGGUGCUCCCGAGAACGCCAGAGACAUCUUCGGACGGUAGCAAGAUUGGAUCGGGUGGAACUGGAUCGCGACCCAGGAUGAAGGGGGGCUUCCGCAUCCUGAAUGAGGAUGAAGUGAAAGCGCUGGUGGCUCAGAUGUAAAGAGAUGUGGUAGACUCAGACCAUCUCCCAAUGCUAUGAACUCAGAGAAAGCAGAUUGGCCAUUCGAUUGAUGAAGGUCAAUCCGGAUAUGGC